AUGGGAUUGUUUCAAGGACAUUCUGUCACUUUAAUUCGAAUUUUCCCAUACGCCGCCAUUAAAUUUGUAGCUUAUGAACAAUAUAGAGCAAUUUUAAUGCCUACACGAGCACAAGAAACUCCAACGUUACAGUUUAUAGCUGGUUCUUUAGCUGGUGUGACAUCUGUCUUUUUCACUUAUCCAUUAGACCUUAUUCGAGUUCGACUUGCAUAUGAUGUUAAAGAAGCAGGACACAAAAGACCUACUCUACUGGGAACAUUACGACAAAUUCUAAAAGAACCCGCUGCAUUACAUCGAAAACAUGGAAAAUUUGAGGUUUUCAACUUUUAUCGUGGGUUCUUUCCCACUGUAGCAGGUAUAGUACCUUAUGCAGGUGUCUCUUUCUGGACCUAUCAUACUGUCACUGAACUUUUUCGUUUCAAUCCUUAUGUUGCACCUUAUACACGUGCACCUUUAUCAUUUGAUGCUGAACAUCCAGAAGACUUGACAGCCGUUCAAAAGAGGAUCAUGGAGAAACCACCUUUAAGGACAUGGGCUGAAUUAGUGUGUGGUGGGUUAGCUGGAUUAGUAGCACAAACAAGUAGUUAUCCUCUAGAAGUCAUUCGAAGACGUAUGCAAGUGAGUGGUUUAUUGGAUCCAAAUCAAUUCGUAGGAUUUGUAGAGACAAUCAAAGAUAUAUAUCGUGUCAAAGGAAUGAAGGGAUUUUAUGUUGGCCUAACUAUAGGUUAUGUUAAAGUUGUGCCCAUGGUAGCUGUCAGCUUUGCUGUCUAUGAACGUAUGAAACGAUUAUUGAAUAUAUAA